AGGGUAAGGUGUGGGCAGAGCUGCAGGCUGUUGUUUUGAGCUGCUGAUUGUAGUUUUGUUCAGGGUUUAUGGAGAAUUCUGAAACUGGAGAAUUCCUCUGAAGUUAAAUGAUCACUAACUGGAUCUAUAAACACACUUCUGACCUGAAGAGAAUCUAACAAUCAGAGUGUGAGAGCUUUCACACACCUAAAAGUGAAAGUGAGCGUUCUGACUGGAAGGAGCUGCAAGGAAAGAAAAUGGCUUCCAGAUCUUUCUCAGAGGAGGAUUUCUCCUGUCCUGUGUGCUGUGACAUCUUCAAGGAUCCUGUUCUUCUCCUCUGUAGCCACAGUGUGUGUAAUGAGUGUCUGAAUAAGUUUUGGGAGACCAAAGGAUCCAGAGAAUGUCCAGUUUGUAGAAGAAGAUCCUCAAUAGAACAUCCACCCAGAAACCUGGUUUUAAAGAACCUGUGUGAGACCUUCUUACAGGAGAGAAGUCAGAGAUCUUUAGAAGGAUCUGAAACACUCUGCAGUCUGCACAGUGAGAAACUCAGACUCUACUGUCUGGAUGAUCAACAGCCUGUGUGUGUGGUCUGUCAAACUUCAAGGAAACACGUCAACCACAAACUUUGUCCCAUGGAUGAAGCUGUAACGGACUGCAAGGAGGAGCUCAGAACUGCUCUGAAGUCCUUAAAGGAGAAACUGGAGAUCUUUAAAGAGUGUAAACUGAACUGGGAUCAGACUGCAGAUCAUAUAAAAAGUCAGGCUCGAAAAACAGAGAAGCAGAUUAAGGAGGACUUUGAGAAGCUUCACCAGUUCCUACAAGAAGAAGAGGUAGUCCGGAUAGCUGCACUGAGGGAGGAAGAGAAGCAGAAGAGUCAGAUGAUGAAGGAGAAGAUUGAGAAGAUGAGCAGAGAGAUAUCAGCACUUUCAGACACAAUCAAAGCCAUAGAGGAGGAGAUGGAAACUGAAGACAUUUUAUUACUACAGAACUACAAGACCACAGUAAAAAGAACCCUGUGUACGCUGCAGGAUCCAGAGAGGCUUUCAGUAGCUCUGCUCAAUGUGGGGAAACAUCUGGCCAACCUGAAGUUCACAGUCUGGAAGAAGAUGCAGGAGAUCAUUCAGUUUACUCCUGUAACUCUGGACCCCAACACUGCUUCACCUUAUCUCAUCCUGUCUGAUGAUCUGACCAGUAUGAGAUACACCACUGAAAAACAGCAGCUUCCUGAUAAUCCAGAGAGAUUUGAUGAGUAUUUGUGCAUUUUGGGUUCUGAGGGCUUUGACUCAGGGACACACUACUGGGAUGUUAAAGUUGAAGACAGCACAAGCUGGUCAGUGGGUGUGAUGACAGAAUCUGCUCAGAGGCAGGGAGAUAUAUUGUCUAGGAGAGGAAUUUGGUAUGUGUGGUUUAAAAGUGGUAAAUAUAGAGCCCGUGCUACACCACAGUCAGAAACUUUACUUUCAGUAUCACAGAAAGUGCAGAGAGUCAGGGUUCAGCUGGAUUGGGACAAAGGAAAACUCUCAUUGUCUGAUCCUCUCACUAACACACACUUACACACUUUCAAACACAAAUUUACUGAGAGAGUAUUGCCAGUGUUCAAUACCAGUAGCAGUUGUCACCAUACUAUUAGUCCAGUUGAGUUCAGUGUAUUGGUGAAAUAGUGAUUAAUAAAAAGUAAUAAGUGUACUAGAAAUAUUAUUCCCAACCCUGGUCCUGCAAAUGUUAGACUUUUCCUGUUCUACACUCCACAUUCAUCUCAGGUAUGGCUAGUUAAUUAUUAAGUGGAAUAGGUGUUUUAAAGCAGGUAAACAAUAGAAUUUGCAGUGCAUUAGGUUCUUCAGGACCAUUGUUGGGAACCACAGAACAAGAUAAAGCUUAGUCGAUAUUAAAGCUGCUUGCUGUAAAAACACUAAUAUGGCCUAGUAGAAUUUAAUGUUUUUGUGAUUAUUAUUAUAUUACAUUUUAAAGCAUUACAGAAAGCAGAAAAGGGGAACAAUGCAGGUAAACAAUGUGUAAAUAAGCUAUGUUAUUGUUUAUCACAUCGUCUUUAGCACAGUUGUGAAAAAUACAAAGACAAAAGCUGAGAAGGAUCUUCUGCUCUGUAGCCACAGUGUUUGUAAAGAGUGUCUGAUAAGGUUUUGGGAGACCAAAGAAUCCAGAGAAUGUGUGUGAGACCCUCUUACAGGAGAGAAGUAUGAGAUCCUCAGCAAGAUCUGAAACACUCUGCAGUCUAGGAAACUUAGACUCUUCUGUCUGGAUGAUCAGCAGCCUGUGUGUUUGGUGUGUUAAACUUCAAGAAAACAAUGUAAACACAACGUAAACUACAUAAGAGCAGCACAUU